AUGGCAUCCGACCCUUUAGUGACCCACAUCUACACGGCGGAUCCAUCGGCGCAUGUGUUUGAGGGCAAGAUAUACGUCUAUCCAUCUCAUGACCGAGAAACAGACAUCCAAUUCAACGACAAUGGCGACCAAUACGACAUGGCCGACUACCAUGUCCUGUCCCUGAGCGAGUUCAACGGGCCCGUGACGGACCACGGCGUGGUGCUCAAGGCCGACGACGUGCCGUGGGUCUCCAAACAGCUCUGGGCGCCCGACGCCGCGACCAAGAACGGGAGGUACUACCUGUACUUCCCGGCGCGCGACAAGGAGGGCAUCUUCCGCAUCGGGGUCGCCGAGUCCGACAGGCCCAGCGGGCCCUUCAAGCCCGACCCCAGCCCGAUCCCGGGGAGCUACAGCAUCGACCCGGCCAGCUUCGUCGACGAUGACGACGACGGCGGCCGGGUGUACCUCUACUUCGGCGGCAUCUGGGGCGGGCAGCUGCAGUGCUGGAAGGACAACGACACCUUCGACCCUUCCAUGUCCGGCCCGCAAGAACCCAAGGGCUCUGACGUCCCCGCGCUCUCGUGCCGCGUCGCCAGGCUGUCCGACGACAUGCACGGGUUCGCCGAGCCGGUGCGACAGGUGCAGGUCGUCGACGAGAACGGCGCGCCCCUGGUCGCCGACGACCACGACCGCCGCUUCUUCGAGGCCCCCUGGAUGCACAAGUACAAGGGGAAGUACUACUUCAGCUACUCGACCGGCGACACGCAUUACCUCGUCUACGCCAUCGGGGACAACCCCUACGGCCCGUUCACGUACGCCGGACGCAUUCUGGAGCCCGUCGUCGGCUGGACCACCCACCACAGCAUCGUCGAGUACAAGGGCAGAUGGUACCUUUUCUACCACGACUGCGAGCUGAGUAACGGCGUCGAUCACCUGAGGUCCGUGAGGAUGAGGGAGAUUGUCUAUGAUGAUCAGGGAAGGAUUUCGUUGGCUCAGAAACAGUGA